UGAAAGUGUGACAAAUCAUUCUGCAGAAAUAAAGGAUUUCUUCAAGCGCAAGAUGUCUUCUGACUUUAACACAAUUGAACUGGCAUGUCUUGGCCGACCUUUUCAGUUGGGAAUGCUGUACGACUGCCGAAGAGACGUCCUCAUUCCAGGAAUAACUCUUUGGGAUGCAGAGAUGUUACAGAAGAAUAUUAAUGUGCGGCCACAGCCAAACACAGACUUCAAGAUCAUUGCCUCAGAUUCAAGUGAAGACAAAAAACAAGCUCUGAAAGUUUCUGCAUCUCUUGAAGCCAGCUUUAUGUGUGGAUUAGUCAGCGUAAAAGGGUCAGCUGAAUUUAUUAAUGACAAAAAGAAAUCCAGACACCAGUCUCGAGUGUCUUUACAGUAUCGAACAACCUCACGUUUUGAGCAGCUAACCAUGGAGCAUCUUGGAGCGGGAAACUUCCAGCACUGCAAUGUAUUUGAGGAGGGAUCUGCCACACAUGUUGUUACGGCUUUGUUGUAUGGCGCUCAAGCAUUCUUUAUUUUUGACCGUGAGGUUUCAUCUGAUGAAAACUAUCAAGAUAUACAAGGUAACCUCCAAGCGUCAAUCAAAAAGAUACCUUUAAUAUCAAUUGAGGGUGAGGCAUCUUUGAAAAUGAGUGAGUCAGAACAAGAGAAAACCAACAAGUUCAGCUGCACGUUUCAUGGAGAUUUUGCUCUAGAUAACAAUCCGGUUACCUAUUUAGAUGCAAUCAAGGUUUACUCAGAGCUUCCAAAACUCUUGGGGGAAAAUGAAGAAAAAGCUGUGCCCAUGACCGCGUGGCUUUAUCCUCUGAAGAAACUUGAUUCUGCAGCCGCUCAGUUAGUCAGAGAGAUAAGUGUUGGUCUUGUACGAUGUGCCCAACGCAUUAUGGAUGAACUGGAUGAUUGUGACAUACAAUGUCAAGACCUGAUGAAGGAGAACAUCGCCAUUCAAUUCCCUGAAAUCAAGUCCAAACUCAGAAAAUUUAAAGACCUCUGUUCAGAGUACAAACUUGUUUUUCAAAAACAUCUAUGCAAGCUUCUUCCUUCUAUAAGAGGUGGGGGGAAUGAAGAACAGGAUCUUGUGGAUGUUCUGAACAGCAAAGAAAGAUCUCCAUUUCAAAGUGCUCUGAUAGCAGAGUAUCUUAAAGACAGAGAGCGUGAGAUUAAUGUUGUCAGAUCUUACCAAGAGAUUAUGAAUGAAGUCCCUGUCCUUUCAUCCAGCAAUGACUUGGACAAAGUUGUCCUGAAUGCAACCAAUGAUUAUGUAAUAGUUUUUGCACUCUCUUCCCUGAAUGAAAAGGAAACAUACCUUACAGACUUGGAAAAUUACCUGAAGAAACCAUCAAACUACAAUGGGGAUCCAUUAAGUUGUGACCCAGGUUCCACAAUGAAGGUUGAAAAAUGGUUUUCCUCUGGAGAUGUAACUGCACUGACAAGGAGGAACAUACAGGCCUUUCUAGAUUUCAAACAAGCAAAUGACAAACGAAGAAAUAUUAAAUUUGUCAUCGCAUCAAUCCCAGACAAGCUCAACACCGCCUCCUCAAUUCAUGUUUUUGAAAGGGGAAGGCUCGUGAGCUCCCAGUAUGAGCUUCCUUCGAAACCUCCAACACCAAUCAUCUUGAGUGUUGAGCAUGAUCGCAUACAUCUGCAAAUCACACCUCCUGAACAUGGUGCUGGUUGUGUGGACUCAUACUGUAUUUCAUACCAGUCAAAACAAAACUCUGAAUGGACAGAGAUGUAUACUGAUGGGAUUUCUGACAAGGUCACAGUCAAGGCCUUAGAACCACAUAAAGAAUAUCGGUUCAGCUGCAAGGCUGUGUGUCGUCCUGGGCAAAGUCUUCCCAGCGAUGCAACAUCAUUCUUUCAGACCCGUCCAUGUGCUCCUCCUGGCACACCUAUAAUAAAAAGAGUGGAAGCUGAAUCUGCGACUGUAGCCUGGGAUGUUCCUACAUCGGUUGGUGAAGACAUCCUGGUCACUGAAUAUGUGUUGGAAUUCAGGGAAUUCAAGAAAGAUCAGGAAAAUAAAAUGCCAUGGAUGUCAGUGAAAUCUACAUACAGGGAGUGUACUCUUCAGCGACUGAAAGAGAACACAGAGUACACAAUUAAAGUUUUCGCAAACUGUGGUGGUGAUGGAAUAAGUCUUCCUAGCCCUGAAUCUGUGUUUUCUACCAGUUCUGAAUGUAACUUGUCAGGCAAAGAUGGAAGCGAGUUAUUUCUGAAGCAGUCUGCUCGUAUCCACAAAGGGAAUCCUUCAAUUUAUGCACUGACACUGUACAAAAAAAUUGGGGAGAAAGUGAACUUUAAUCAGUAUGUUUUUGGAAAAAAGGUUGAAGAUGUGAAAAACAAAGUCAUUCUUCUUUUGGGAUCGACAGGUGCAGGGAAAACUACGCUGAUCAAUGUCAUGAUCAAUUACAUUCUGGGGGUAAAGUGGCAGGAUGCGUAUCGCUUCAAACUGAUCAAUGAAGUGACCAAUCGCACACAGGCAGAAAGUCAGACAUCUGAGAUCUCAUCUUUUGAGCUGUACAAUCAGCCUGGCUUUCAAAUUCCAUAUUCUAUAACAAUCGUAGACACGCCGGGAUUUGGGGAUACGAGAGGAAUUGCACAUGAUAAACAGAUAAUGGAGCAGAUGAAAAGCUUUCUUUGUAGCCCUUUGGGAAUCGAUCAUAUUGAUGCUGUCUGUUUUGUUGUCCAGGCCUCUCUUGCCCGUCUUAGUGCCAACCAAAGGUACAUAUUUGACUCCAUUUUGUCCAUUUUUGGCAAGGACAUUGCAGAGAACAUAAUGGUACUGGUGACGUUUGCAGAUGGUAACGACAUUCCGGUUCUGGAAGCCAUCAAAGCCGCUGAUCUGCCCUGUCAGAAAAAUAAAAAGGGACAACCCACUCACUUUAAGUUUAACAACUCGGCUGUGUUUGCUAACAAAAGAGCAGAAGACCCUACUGUGUCCGACAAUGAUUCAGAUGACUCGGAGGAAGAAAGUGAUGAUCAGAAAUUUAAAGAAAUUGUCUGGACAUCAACCUUCAAACAGAUGAGAGUUUUUUUCAAGGCACUGGGGGCCAUUGAAAGUAAAGAUCUGACAAUGACUAUAAAGGUCUUGGAGGAACGAGCACGUCUUGAGAACGCAAUGGCAAGUCUGACCCCUCAGAUAACUGCUGGCCUCUCUAAACUGAGUGAGAUCAAUGGGCGAUGA